GUGUAUAUUUGGCUGAGCAAGGCUGGGUUUGAUGACGCACUCCAGGAGCCAGGACUUGAUGCCCGUAGGGACAGAGAGGCUAUACAGGAAUCUUACUGCCAGAAACUAGAAAUCUUUUUAUUUUUUAAACUCAGGCUGAAAACUUGAGGAGCAGUCUGAAACUUUGUAUCAGACCAGGAUGACAAGCGUCUCAAAAUACCUAGUCAAUCACCUGGUGACGUUCUCCCUGCAGGAUGGGGAGGUGAAGAGCGUGGAGGAGGCCCAGUCUCGCCUCUCCCUCCUAGCCCGGUCGGAUCGUCUGUGGAGCCAGGAGAUGGUGCUGGAGGUCGGGCCAGAUGACCUCAGACUCAGAGACGUACAGAACCAGGAGGAGUUGGAGAAAUACUCUGUCUCAUCUAUAUUACGCUGUGACGCCAUCCUGACAGAGAAAAGAUUCCCAUCCCUCCUUCUCCUUGUCUGCCAAAGUGUCAAGCAGAAAAAGCCUGAUGUUCUCUUCUUCAACUGUGAGGCAGUAAAGGCAGAGCAGGUUCGUGACGGUAUCUCAAGGGCAGUGUCAGGUUCCUCCUCGAAGACCAAGAAGCGUCAUGAGGCUCCCAGUCUCGCUCUGGUUCCCACAGAAGAGAUGAUGGACCCCUAUGGAAUACCAAACCCCCCCCUUCCACAUGCACCCAACCCUCCACCAGCCAACCCUCCACCUUACCCAGGACCCAGAGCAGCAAAUGGGGUGAAUGGAGGGCAGCCUGACGUGUCCUUCCUGCGAGCAGACAGAGAAGUGGGCAUUUUGAAUCACUGUUUCGAUGACAUUGAGGCAUUCAUGUCAAAGUUGCAGCAGUCUGCAGAAGCUGCAACAAUUUUAACCCAAAGGAAGAAGAAAAAGAAGAAAAGCAAAAAGCAAAAUGUUGAAGAAGAGUUGCUCAUUGCAAAAGCUCGACCUCCACUGGAGGAGGAAUUCGUUGAUAUCUUCCAGAAAUUCAAGUACUGCUUUAGUCUGCUGGCCAGACUCAAGUUUGCCAUUUCAAACCCAUCAUCAGAGGAGCUGCUCCACCACGUGUUCAAACCUCUGGAUAUAAUGGUGAAGACUACAGGGGGUCCAGCUCUAGGGGCCUCAGUGGCCAGCCCCGCAAUGACCAGCUCAGCUGUGACCCUGCUCCAAAGCCACCUGAACGAGGAGGAGAAAGAGCUCUGGACAUCCCUGGGCCCCAACUGGACACUCUCUCGCUCCCAGCUCAGAGGGCCUGUGCCCGCUUACACCCCAGUGUUCCUGGACGGCUGGAAGCCGGAAGCCAAUAAGGCAGACGGUCAGGUCUGGGAAGACCCUUUGGAGUCCCAACAUAAACAAGAAGCCAUGAAGGAGAAACAAGAGAAACAACAGCCCCCUCAGCCAGCUGCACCAGCAACUCCUCCUAUUGAAGAAAUAGACAGUAGUGUCCUGCCACCUGAGGGAGAGAGGCUGUACAGCUGCAGUUAUGACUUUGUGGCGCGGAAUAGUAGCGAGUUGUCAGUUCUACAGGGAGAGACGUUGGAGGUGGUUGAGUCAUCCAAACGCUGGUGGAAAUGUCGUAAUCGCUUCAAUGAGAUUGGCUUUGUCCCAUUCAACAUUCUGGAACCGGUGUCUCACGCAGAAAGCCCAGGCACACAAAGACCACCCAAGGCUCCGCCUUUGACAGCUUCCAGCGGUGGUCCUCCCAGCUCUCCUGCCUUUACCCAUCAGUCAAAUCCUCGGCCACGAAGCUUACAAGUAUACAGCCACAACGCUCCCACCUCAGAAGACACAGACAAAGCCAUGAUGGUGAACGACGAACUGCUCCAGCGACUGACCAAUGGGAAGUCUGGUUUGAACAAGUCCCUGCAUAUCCCUCGGUCCUCCGACACCUCCGUCCCCCUGGACUAUCAUUCCCCCCCUGAUGAAGUGGCAGAAUGGCUCAAGGGGAAAGGUUUCAGCGAGCCGACGGUACAGUGUCUGGGAGUGCUGACAGGUGCUCAACUCUUCUCUCUGAACAAAGAGGAGCUUCGUGCCGUCAUCCCAGAAGAGGGCACCAGAGUCUACAGUCAGCUCACUGUGCAGAAGUCACUCCUUGAGGAUGCCCGGAGGGCUACAGAGCUUGAAGCUGUCAUGGAAAAGCAAAAACUGAAGGUGGACCUGAAACUGGAGAGUAGCACCCUAUGAAAAAUGGCACUGACUUAAAUAAUAUGUGCCAAUGAAGAAAUGACAUGCUAUAAUUUAACACACUAUAAGUGAAUAUGAAAUUCUUGUCCAAGUACACCACCUUUUCCCCAAGGACUGGUCCAGAAUCAACGUAUUUGCUGUGAAUGUAAUAUUCUAUGAAAUUGUGACUAGGUCCACAGGGUUUGCUAAAGUUGCUUGUGAAUGCUCACAUUAAUACUAACAAUAUUAUACUGAAAAAACAUUUAAAAAUGGUUCUUUAUACCCUAUUGUAUAUCCCUAACCCAUGGUGUAAACUUAUUUUGUUUAAAUCAAAAAUUCAUUUUUGUGUACCUCUACAAUCCAACUAUAAAUGAAUGUAUAUUUAAUAUAUUGUGUACUGUAAAAAAAUUCUGUACAACAAACAAUCCUGGUCUUUGACAAGUACAAUGUGUCCAUCUUGACAAUAUAAUAAAAAGGCUGGAAGUUUAUUUUCUUCAGGCAAAAAACAA